AUGCAGUUUGUACUACUCGACAAACCACGACGUAUAGUUUAUAUGAUUAAUCCUGCCAAAAACAGCAAAGAUUUGUUUACUGCCUACGAUCCAUUUGAUCCAGAGAAAGAAAAUUUUAAAAAGGAUGAAGUGGCGCCCGAUGAUAUUUUGCGUGAAUAUUCUUAUAUAUCUGUACGUGAUAAUGCUUGGGAUGCGCGUCCAAUUGAGCAGUUAACUCUUAUUCUAUUCGAUGUUAGUGGUUCGAUGCAAAAUACACCGGCGAGAAAUUCUAAAAAUCUUCUUGAUUUGAGCAUUAGUGCACUAGGCGCAUGGUGUGACAAAUUCUGCUCCAAUCGACUACCGCAUGCUAUAGGUCUCAUUUACUGUGGUGCUAAAAUAACUGCAACAACUCAACUUAUCCAUGAAGCUUGCCCGAUUACAAAUAAUUUCAAUGAUUUUGAAAAAUCGUUUAGUUCUCGACCGGAUUGUGGUUCGUCAACUCCAUUGUAUGAUGCAGUUGAAUUUGCAUUGAAGAUAAUGAACCAGUUUUAUGAACAACACCGAAGCAAAAUGAGUCCUAAUUACCAUAAACUUAUCGUUUGCCUUUCUGAUGGCGAAGAUACGUGUAGUAAUAUGACGUUACCAACAAUUGCCGAGAGACUUAAACAAGAUAAUGUCAUUUUCGACAGUAUUUGUUUCAACAGCAAAGAGGCAAAAUCGCUUGUUCAUCUAUGUACAUCGUCAAGAGGAUAUUAUUAUUUUCCAAUACCCCAUUUAGAAAAGAACUUAAUCAGUUUGUUUGAACGGGAACCGGCAAUGGUUGUGGAGAGGCGCGAUAGAAACGUCUAUGGAGUUGUUAAAGAGCCAAAAUUAUGUGAAGCAAAAGCUCUUCAUGUUCCAGCAAUCAAUUUAGGAGAAGCUCCCGUAAAAGACAUAGCAGUAUCAAACCAAACUUUGAGCCGAGUUUUACGCGAAGCAAAUAAUUUGAAGCAAAGAUCGCUGGAAAACUUUAUUAUCUUUGUUUGUAAAGACAAUAUUCUUUUUUGGAAAAUAAUCAUGAAAGGUCCGACAGGCACUAGCUAUUGUGGUUAUACAUGGCUCUUGUCUGUCGAAUUUCCAUCGCAGACGUAUCCAUUACGACCACCCGAAAUUCGAUUUAUAACGCCUAUUUAUCAUUGUAAUAUUAGUGAGGAUGGAAAAAUCUGUCAUGAAAUAUUACGUAGUCACUGGACAUCACAGACAACUAUGUACGAUGUACUUAAGCAAAUUGUUAGUUUACUUUUCCAACCAGAACCGAAUGAUGCAUUAUCAACAGCUAAAGGUGAUCUUUUGAAAACAGCACCGGAAGAUUAUUUCAAAGAAUUAAAGCAACACAACGAAAAAUAUGCCAAAGCAACUAUAGAGGAGCUCACAAAUCAAUAUCAACUUGAACAAUUCAGCACUUGA